AUGACUGGCCCUACAGAGGAGCCGACUUCAAGGCAGUUGUUCAUCAAUGGCAAGUUUGUGCCAUCAUCAAACGGAAAGGUCUUCGAGUUAACUAGCCCCUAUACCAAUGAGAAAGUGGCAGAGGUCUGUGAAGCCAGUGAGGUAGACGUAGAUGCUGCUGUUGCUGCGGCCAGGGCCGCAUUCCCGGCAUGGAGGGAUCUCUCCCCAGCAGACAGAGGUGUCGUUCUGCGCAAGAUUGCAUCACUUAUUCAGGAUCAUGAGGAAGAGUUUGCGCGCUUGGAAGCUUUGUCUACCGGGAAGCCAGUGUCUCGUUACGUCGAUUCCAGUAUGGCCAUCGAGACAUUCAAUUAUUUUGCGGAGGCUGGAUGGACUGUUCAAGGAUCAUCCAGUAGAAACACGCCUGGUCACUUCAAUAUCACGGUGAAAGAACCGUACGGAGUCGUGGCAGCCAUCAUCCCUUGGAAUGUACCACUCGCGUCCUUCGCCACGAAGAUCGCACCGGCGGUGGCAGCUGGAAACACCAUUGUUUUGAAAAGCAGCGAAAAGUCGCCUCUGACUAUCGGCUUGGGAGCCAAGCUGAUUGCCGAGGCCGGAUUCCCACCCGGUGUUGUGAAUAUACUUCAUGGAUAUGGCCCGACCACCGGCAAUGCGAUAGCCUCACACAUGGACGUUCGCUGUAUCAGCUUCACCGGCUCUAGCUUGACAGGACGGAAGAUCCAAGCCGCUGCGGCCAAGUCCAAUAUGAAAACCGUACACAUGGAGCUGGGGGGAAAGACCCCUGCCCUGAUCUUCGAGGAUGCGGACCUGGAAUCUGCAGCUGAGCAGACUCAGUUCAGCGUGCAAUUCUUCAGUGGACAAACCUGUAUCGCCAACUCACGCAUUUACGUACAAGAAACAGUAGCAGACAAAUUCCUCGCUGUUUUCAAGGAUAAAUUUGGCGCUGCUAUACUUGGAAACCCGUUGAAUGAAGCAACAAAUCAAGGACCGCAAGCUGAUAGAACUCAGUAUGAGCGAGUCAAAGCAUACCUUUCUUUGGGAGAGAAGAAGGGUAAGUUGACACUCGGCGGUGAUGCAAAGGAUGGAAACUUCAUCAAGCCCACUGUGUUCGAGGAGGUGCCGGAGGAGUCUCAGAUCAUGAAAGAGGAAAUUUUCGGUCCUGUGGUAGUGAUCAACACAUUCGGGAAAGAAGAAGAGGCCAUUGCAAGAGCCAAUGAUAGUGAAUUCGGCUUGUAUGCAGCCGUCUUCACCAAGAAUAUUGACCGGGCUCUGCGGGUAUCGAAACUGCUUGAAGCCGGGACCGUUGGCGUUAACUGCACAAGUCCUUCCAUGGCGAAAGAUAUGCCAUUCGGAGGCUGGAAAGGCAGUGGCAUCGGUCGUGAGGGCUAUCUGCAUAGCAUGGAUAGCUAUCUGGAUACCAAGUCCAUUCUGGUCAAGACAGGCUAA